AUGUAUUUCAUUUCAACAGCUAACAAUGGGCAUCUACACAAGCCAUUACAGCGUGGUAACAGAGAACUAACAUACAAUUUCAAUUAUACGAAAGAUGCCAUUCGACCCGCUGCUCAAUACUUUAUCGAAUAUCCUGUAAAGGGCCCCAAAUAUCGAGAUCAAUUUGGGGAGUUCGGUAACCGUAUUCAAGUAUUACGACAAUGGGUUGAACUAUCCGACUUACACAAUGACCAAGACUUUCUUGAAAAUACAGUUGAAAAAAUGGCACGAGCCACUGUUCCGUUCAUUAUCAACAAAGAGCCAGAUAACAUAGAGAAUCCUACACCAUUUUCUGAUUUAAGACGCUCUUUUGUACCCGGUUCAAAGGGUAUUAUCAUAUCUACGGGUAACAAGGCAGUAAGGUACGCUAUUCAUCUGGCUGUUUCUAUCAGAGAGGUCUUUAACUGCAGUCUUCCCAUUUUAAUCACGUACGCAGGCCCAGAUGAUCUUCAAUACCUGUCUCGUGAAACCUUCAGUGCCAUUGUUGAAAACAUUGAGUUUGCCGACCUUAGCUAUGCUUUCAAUGAAGAUAUCACUUCACUAAGAAGUGGCGAGUACGCUGUCAAGCCAUUUAGUGCGUUGGUUAGCAAAUUCGAACAUAAUCUCAUUCUGGACGCUGAUACUGUCCUACUUCAGUCCCCCGAAGUAUUUUUUGAACAACAAGGUUACAAAGAUACUGGUGCGCUAUUCUUCCAUGAUAGACUACUGAAUGAAACUAAGUUUAAAGAGAGUGUACUUUGGCGCAAGAAACAAUUAGGAAAAAGUACACCUAGUAAGCAGCUCAAUUUAACAACUCCACUGACAUGGAUUGAUAGAUACUCUGAACAGGCUGAUGCGGGGGCAGUUGUUUUGGACAAGUCGAGAUUAUCGGUUCUCAUGGGCUUGUUACAUACUUGCUGGCAAAAUACUCGUGCUGUAAGAGAUGAAGUCACAUUUCAACUGGGUCAUGGAGAUAAAGAAACUUGGUGGUUUGGUUUUGAACUUAGUAAUAGUUCCUACUCAUUUGAUAAAAGUUUUGGCAUAGCAAUUGGCGAGCUCACUGAGAAGAAUAAAGACGACGAGAAAGAUGUGGACAAAGUUUGCGGUUUUGCUUUAGCCCAUACGGAUCAGGACGACAAGUUACUAUGGUACAAUGGUGGUCUACUGAAAAACAGAAAUGGAAAUCAGACUGAGUUCAACAUUCCCCGUCACUGGAUGACAGGCGGAAGCUGGAAUAAAAUUAAGGAUAAUGAGAUGAGUUGUAUGAGAAACUCCACAGUGCAUGAAUUGACGCCGGAGGAGACUACUAUUCUCUCACGUACCAUCAUGCUAGCUAAAAAGUAUGACCAACAGGAACAGCUUAUAGAUGAAGAGGCAGAAAAGGAAAAGGAGCGUGAAGAAAAAGAAAGAAAGGAAAAGGAAGAAAAAGAGAAAAAGAUAAAGGAAGAAAAAGAGAAAAAGAUAAAGGAAGAAAAAGAGAAAAAGGAGAAAGAAGAAAAAGAGAAGAAGGAGAAGGAGGAAAAGGAGAAGAAGGAGAAGGAAGAGAAAGAACAGAAAGAAAAGGAGAAAGAAGAGAAAGUUAAACAGGACGAGAAAGACGAGAACGAGAAGGAUGAAAAUGGGGAUAAGGCUAAGGAACAAAAUGAGAAGAAAGAAAGAUAA